AUGGACUUUAAUGAGUCUCCAGUGAAUUAUGAUUUUUUCGGAGGUCAGCAGCAAAUUAGUACCCAGCAUACUGGGAUGCUGCAAUCUUUGCCAAGACAGCAGUCUGGGAUUAGUGACAUGCAGCUAUUACAGCAACAGUUCGUGCUUAAGCAAAUGCAAGAAAUGCAGAGGCAGCAACAACUUCAGAAGCAACAAGAAGCAAGGAAGCUGAAUUCAAUGAACCAGGUCUCUGCUUUUCCAAAACAGGCAGCUGCCAAUACCUCACAGGCUUUGAUCAAUGGCAUUCCUAUUCAUGAAACUUCUAAUUAUUCAUGGAAGCCUGAGCUUAUGGCAGCUAACACAAACUGGCAGCAGCAAGGUGUGUCGCCAGUUAUGCAAGGAUCGUAUAGAGGGCAUGUAUUUUCCCCUGAGCAAGGCCAGGGAACACCGCGCUUGAUGGGGAUGUUUCCUCAGCAGGUCGAUCAAUCCCUUUAUGUUGCCCCUAUCCCUGGAACAAGAGUUAAUCCAAGUCAGUAUCCUCCUGUCCAAAUGGAUAAGCUGUCAAUGCAGCAGAUAUCAGGCAGCAGUAAUUCCUUAACAAGCAGCAAUCAGUAUACUGGAUUUCCAGAGCAGGUUAGUGUGCAGGAUGGAACUUUGGUUUCUACACAGGGACAACAGGGGCAGAAUAUGGGUGCUUCUUCUGAUGGUCAGGGUAUAAAUAGUGGAUUUAAUUUGGAAAACUUGCAGCUAGUGAACCCCCAGCAAAGCAACGGGUCAGUGCAAGAAAUUUGCACUAGGCAAGACCUGGCUGGUCCAUCAAAAACAUCACAAGAGGAAACCACAAUACAGGUUGCUUCUUCUCAGGACGUGGCUGCCCUAGAUCCAACUGAGGCAAAGAUUUUGUUUGGUUCAGAUGAUAAUUUGUGGGAUGCCUUUGGCAGGGGUGCCAACAUGGGUUCUGGAGGUUACAAUAUGUUGGAUGGCACAGACUUAUUCAGUUCAUCGCCUUCUGUGCAAAGUGGAAGUUGGAGUGCUCUUAUGCAAUCUGCUGUAGCAGAAACUUCUAGUGGUGAUACAGGGCUACACGAAGAAUGGAGUGGUCUGACUUUUAGAAUUAACGAACCUCCAGCUGAGAAUCAGCAGACUCCUUCUGUGAAUGCUAGUAGUAAACAGCAGUCAAGUUGGGCUGAUAAUAGCUUGCAGUCUGCUUCUUCCCUGAACUCUCGACCCUUCCCUUUGUCUCAUGAAACCAAUACUGGUAUGAGCCAUAAUAACAUCCCAGGGGUGCAGCAAUCUGGAGUCGAUACUUCACAUGAACACAUGGAGAGGUUGCAGUCUGUUUCUCCUCAUAGACAUAUUCAGCAGUUUCCGGUAGAUAGAACCAAGUGGUCUGAUAGGAGCCUCAUGCAAGAAGCAGCUGUUGAAGGUAGUCAAUUUUAUGGCAAACCUAACCAUUCUUCUGAUGGAGGAUCAAAUGCUAAAAGUAUUUCAGGUUCUUGGGAAAAUCAACAGAGCAUGCCAUCAUAUAGCUCCAACGGCCAACCAUUAAAUAGUCAAAGUGGCUGGAAAUUUAUGGAUUCUGUGUCUCCCAGCACAACUGUUGCUUUCAAAAACCAGGGGAAUGAAAACACAUUCCAAGAUUCUCAUAAUGUUGAUAAAAAAGGUCCCAUGUUUGAGGUAAUGGGUCACGGUGCUGGUAUAUGGAAGAAUAAUACAAUUGCUGAGUUGGAGCAUGCAAAAUCUGCAAUUGGAAACCUACAGGUCAUUCCACUGGCUCCUCCAUCCCAACAGUUGCUAAUUCCAGAGCAUGCCUUUUCUUCUCACAGCCCCUCACUAGCGAUUGGUUCUGUCAGUUCAACUCAAGUCAUUUCGAAUACAGGGGAGAAGGGUCAUACAUUGUUGGCUCCUACGUCCUCUGUUCAUUCUUUACCUCCAUCCCGUGAUACAUCUCAUGGACAUUUGAGGAAUACUACUUCUGGAGCCUUGGUGCAUGCUGGCAAUAGUGCCCAAGGAAAGUUUUCUGCUGCCUUUUCCCCUAGUUUCCCUUAUUCAAAAACUCAUCUUCCAAAUCAGCACAUGCCUGAUACAGGUGGAAGAGCAACAGCCUGUGAAUCUGUUAAUGAAUCUUUCGAUAGAUUUGCUUCUCAAACAAAACAGAUGGAAGAAUCUUUUGACAGAGGUCAAACUAAUCAAUCAGCACGACCAUCGGUACCUGACACAUCCAGGCAUACUUCACAUAAUGAUUUUGCCUCUUCUGCUGAGAUGCCCCAGCCAAGGGACGACAACCAAAACCAUGCAAGAGUUUCUGCUCAACAAUUCCCAGGGCUGGAAGCUGCUCCAGCUCCUCAGCGUUAUGGUUCAUCACAAGAUGGUAUUUCUUCAAAAAUGCCACCUACUAUGUGGACCAGUGUUCCAACUCAGCCAUGUCCAUUUGGCAGUCAGCCAUUUCAGACUCCAUCCAAUAUGUCUAUACCCAAUCUUCAGUCACAUAACAGUUCAGGCAUAACUUUCUCUCAGCCGCAGAAGCUAGAAGAUCAAAUUAUGCAAACCGGAUUGAGCACUCGAGCUGAAUCUGGUGAAUGUUCUAUGAAUUCACAUGGUUUUGUUGGGAAAGAGCAACCAUCAAAAAGAGACCCCUUGCAGCAAGUUCUACCUGAGAAUGAUGGAGCCCAGAUGACAACGAGUGCUUCACAUGAGAAAGAAUCUGUUGUGAAUCAUCUUACUGCAACGCCUGCUUCAAACCUAACCAGUACUCAGAAACAAAUUGAAGCUUUUGGCCGAUCUUUGAAACCCAAUAAUAUUUUGUAUCAGAAUUACUCCCUGCUUCAUCAAAUGCUGAGCAUGAGAUAUGCAGAGGUCGAACAUGGUAAUAGGAGUUUGAAAAGAUUUAAAUGUCCUGAUGGUUCGGUGGAUGCUCAUCUGGUAGGUAAUCAGGGAGUUCAGCAGCUUUAUGGACACAAUAAUACGGUCAGAGAUGAACCAGCAAAUCACACUUCAAUACUCCCUGGAGAUUCCAAGAUGCUAAACUUUUCAGCAAAAACAGCUGAUAAUCAGGAAAUAAAUGCACCUUCAAAGGAUAUGCUUGCAUUUAGUCGGAAUGAUUUUCAGAAUUUUGCCAAUAAUACUGCAGUUUUUGUCAGGGAUGAGCAUUCUCAGAUGAGUAACCAGAUGGCUCCAUCCUGGUAUGGAACCUUUAAAAAUGGACAGAUAUUGCCAAUGCAUGAUGCCCAAAAAGCUGUUACCAUGAAUACUUUGGAACUGCCUUCCACAGCUGGAAAACCUUCUGAUAGAUUGCAUGCUCAUAGUUCGCCUGAACAAGCAAAUGCUGCUGCUGCUAGUCAAUUUGGUACUGUCCAGAAAAAUUCAAUCACUUCAUCUAUAGCAUGUGAGAAUUUAUCCACUCCUCAGUCAUUGCAGCCUGAUUCUGCUUUUGUGAGUUUGGUGGUUACAAGACCAAAGAAGCGUAAAAGUGCCAUAUCCAGGCUUGUACCAUGGCACGAGGAAGUCACACUGGGUCCUCGAAGGCUUCAGAAUCUCAGUGCGGCAGAAGUGGUCUGGGCUCUGGCAGCAAAUAGAUUGACUGAGAAGGUAGAAGAUGAAGCUGAAAUGGUAGAUGACGGACUGCUAGUCCCCAGAUCAAAGAGAAGGCUUAUAUUGACUACACAGCUUAUGCAGAUACUCUUCCACCCUCCUCUGGCAUCAAUUCUUUCUGCAGAUGCUAUUUUACAUUAUGAGAGUGCUUCUUACUUUGUUGCCAGAUCAACACUAGGAGAUGCAUGCAGCACACUCUCUUGUUCUGGAAAUGAUACUCCUGUGCCUUCUAACAGUGGAGACCUCCUGCCCGGGAAGAUAAAAUCAUCAGAGAAGAUUAGGGAUCAAUACUUCUCAAAAGUCAUGGAAGAUCUUAUCAGUAGAACCAGGAAGCUGGAGAAUGAUUUGUUGAGAUUGGACAAAAGAGCAUCAGUUUCAGACCUGAGAGUGGAAUGCCAAGAUCUAGAGAGGUUUUCUGUUAUCAAUCGCUUUGCAAAGUUCCAUGGCCGGGGUCAAACUGAUGGGGCCGAGAGCUCAUCGUCCUUAGAUGCAUCUGCUAUUGCCCACAAAUCUUGUCUUCAGAGAUAUGUUACUGCACUACCCAUGCCUAGGAAUCUUCCUGACAGGGUACAAUGUCUUUCACUUUGA